AUGGACCAAGCGGACAUCUUGCCCUCGCUCGACACGGUCCGCGAGCUGCUGUCGAAGCCCAGCCAGGGACCCAAGAAGCCCAACCUCAUCCCCAUCUAUGCGCAGAUCUCGGCCGAUCUCAUCACGCCCUCGGCCGCCUACCUCAAGGUCCGCGCGCACACCCAGUCCGACUUCUCCUUCCUCUUCGAAAGCGCCGCCACCGAGCGGGUAGGCCGCUACAGCUUCGUCGGCGCUGGGCCGCGCAAGAUCCUAAAGACCGGCGAGGGCCAUGGCGAGUCGGUAGAUCCGCUGCCGGCGCUCGAGAAGGAGCUUGCCCAGUAUGUCGUCGCCGAUGUGCCCGGGCUCAACCCGCCACCCAUGAUGGGUGGUGCCUUUGGCUAUGUCGGCUACGACUGCGUGCGGUACUUUGAGCCCAAGACAGCGCGGCCCAUGGAGGAUGUCCUCCAGAUCCCAGAGUCGCUCUUCAUGCUGUUCGACACCAUUGUCACGUUCGACCGCUUUUUCGGCGUCGUCAAGGUCAUCACAUACCUCCACGUCCCCGAGGACAGCGCCAACCUGGCGGCGGAGUACGAAAAGGCCUCGGCCAUAAUACGGCAGCUCGUCGACGUCCUCGACUCGCCAGAGACCCCCAACCCGGAACAGAAGCCGAUCCAGCUCGGCCACGAGUACAAGUCCAAUAUUGGCCAGGCCGGCUACGAGGCGCACGUCACCAAGCUCAAGAAGCACAUCGUAGCGGGCGACAUCAUCCAGGCCGUGCCCUCGCAGAGGUUUGCGCGGCCAACCUCGCUGCACCCGUUCAACAUCUAUCGGCACCUCCGGACCGUCAACCCGUCGCCGUAUCUGUUCUACGUCGACUGCAAGGACUUCCAGAUCAUCGGCGCCUCGCCGGAGCUGCUCGUCAAGGAGGAGGAGGGCCGGAUCAUCACGCACCCGAUCGCAGGCACGGUGAAGCGCGGCAAGACGGCCGAGGACGACGAGCGCCUGGCGUCGGAGCUGCGGUCGUCUCUCAAGGACCGCGCAGAGCACGUCAUGCUCGUGGACCUGGCGCGCAACGACAUGAACCGCGUGUGCGACCCGCUGACGACCCGCGUGGACCGGCUCAUGGUCGUCGAGAAGUUCAGCCACGUCCAGCAUCUUGUCUCGCAGGUCUCGGGCAUCCUGAGACCGGACCAGACCCGCUUCGACGCCUUCCGUUCGAUAUUCCCUGCCGGCACCGUGUCUGGCGCGCCCAAGGUCCGGGCCAUGGAGCUGAUUGCCGAGCUUGAGAAAGAGAAGCGCGGCAUCUACGCGGGCGCCGUGGGAUACUUUGGGUACAACAGCCAGGAUUCCGAGGGCAACACCAAGCAGGGCGCCAUGGAUACGUGCAUUGCGCUGCGGACGAUGAUGUACAAAGAUGGUGUUGCGUAUCUGCAAGCUGGCGGCGGCAUCGUGUUUGACUCGGAUGAAUACGACGAGUGGAUGGAGACUAUGAACAAGCUGGGCGCCAACAUGCACUGCAUCACGUCGGCGGAGAACAUCUGGGCCAAGAAGCAGAAGCAGAAGCAAUAG